UAAUAAGGUUUUUGAAAAUAAUAAAUGGCGUUCAUUCGAUAUUUUAACUCGUGUGUAGACGUGUAGGUAGUGUGCCCUAUUAAAAUUGUCGUCAUAAUCAUAACCAUGUCCGAUAAUUACAGUGACAAUGACAGCUUAAAAUUAUACGAAGAAGAACGAAACGUAAAAUUAACCAAAAAUUAUGAAUGUUCAGCAGUUAAUGAGCCAUCUAUUAAAGUUUUACAACUAGUAUCCAUUUUUGAAAACGAAGAAUCGGAAACAAAAUUUAAUUCUCUGUCACAGAGACGGCCGCAGAAGACAGGGACAGCCACCCCGACAGCGGCGGUGCACGGGGAGGAAGUGGAAAAACCGAUGCGAGCCGACGAAGCGGACGAGGCGGACGAAGCGGAGGUGUCAUCGACGGACGGAUCCGAACAAUCGGACCAAGCCGAAGGAGAAGCAGCCAUGCCGAGCGGCGGGAAUUCCUCGACCGCGGCAGCGACGUACAGCCCGUCCACAGUGCCCGUGACGAAGCACAGCAGAAGCGGUUGGAUGGGACAGCCCGACCGGAACCUUUUGUUUGUCAUUCACCCGUGGUGCAUGUUGCACAAGUCGGGCGCGGACAGGCAGUCGGAAUUUCCGCCGCCCGGGUUUCUGGAACGUCUCAAGGCCAAGCUGAUGGCCCUGCACCGACAGUCGGACGAACAGCAGCAACAGCACCGGAACGGCUCGGCCGCGGUGGUCAGGCGCCGCCGGCACACCCACCAGAGCAUCAAGUGUUGGUUUCAGUACACGGCCACCGCGCUCGGCGGCGGCGGCGGGCCGUCGUCGGCCGUGUCCACCGCUGUCCACGCCAACGGUCAGCGAAACGAGCCGGCGAUGGUGGUCGAUUUCCUGUCCGUCUGGCGGCGGUACGCAAACGUCACGGCCGACCGCGGCUGACCGCUGCUGCUGCUGCAGCAGGUGUCCAACACCCGCGGUCACGCCGUUUUGUAGUGCAUUGGCGGCAGCUGACGACGACGCGCCGCGGGUGUCCGCGUCCUGCGGUAUGCGAUUUGCCGAUCGGUUUUUCUUUCGUUUUUUAACCGUCGCCAAUCACAUUACUAUAUUAUAUAAUAUAUUAUUGUAGGAUAGGUGUAGAAUUAUUUAUGAUACGCGAUAAAUCAGAAAAAAAAGAAUAUAUUAUGAAUAUCGUUUGGUUGAAAAAAAAAUGUAAUCAAAUAUUAUGUACAAUACAUUUUCCUAACUAUCAUUGAGUGAAAGAAAAACUUCCUAUAUUUUUAAAUCAAAUCAUAGCAUUUUUAUACGUCUUUCCGUUUAACAUAGUAUAUUAAUAUAUGACACCGAGUUAAAUACAUUAAAAGUAUACAUUUCUGUGUCUGUAGUUAAUAUAAUAGGUAUUAUACGUAUAUGAAAUAGCUAGUUAGGUACCUAUAUGUAUCCAAUAUGAACCGAUUCGUUGAUAUGACUAACUAAACUAACUAAAUUUGUUAAACUAAAAAAUACAUCGUAACAAAAAGAUACCAAUGCAUAUUAUGUCUUAAUAUAGCCUUAGUUAUUAAGUAUAAUUUUAUAUUAUUUUAUAAACAUUUAUGGAUAAUAAUAGAAUUAAUAGAUUGUAGUGUGAUCUGGGUCUGGUAAGUAUAAAUAUUAAAAUAUAUUAUUUAGGUACCUAUCUAAUGAAUAAAUGGUAUACUUAUAUGCACUCUUGUAGAGUAUUCGACUUAAUAUUAGUAUUCACAUAUUAUUUUUAAUACUUAUGUAAAAAAAAAAAGUAUUUGAGUAAAAUGUUCUGAAUAUAUUUUUUUUUUAAUUCGAAAAAUAUUAUGUAUUAUAUAUUAUAGUGUUUAUACAUAUUUUAUAAUACUACAUUCGUGUAUCACGUUGAUAUAGAUUCAACAACCCGCUGUUGUACCACAGUAUUAGAGGAAUUUAACAUUUUUAAUCGGAAGGCACAAUGUAGAACUCGAUUUUGUAAGACAAAUUAUUUCAAAUUGGUUGUAUUAUUUUAAUGAAUAAUUUUUCUAAUACCAAAUGAGAAAUUGAGAUGUUCAAUUUAGGAUUCCAAAUUUGUGAAAUAGACAAACAUGUAUGCUUGAUACAAAAAAAUCAAUCUACUUUCAUUUUAUGAGAAUUAUACUCCAAAUAAAUUUAAUAAUUAUUUAUUAUUAAUUAAUUUUCAAUUAUAAAUCUUUAAUUUAUUUAUUUAGUAAAAUUAUUCGUUUACCUGUCAUAUAAAUAUACAUAACUAAAAUGUAGUAUUAUUUAUAAAAAUGAACCUAUAUCACCGCAUGAUUUUAUUUGGUA